GAUCUCACACUGGACACAAACACAGUAAACAGACUCCUCUCUCUGUCUGAGGAGAACAGAAAGGUGACAUGUAGGAGAGAGGAGCAGCCGUAUCCUGAUCACCCAGAGAGAUUUGAGGAUGAUGAACAGGUGCUGUGUAGAGAGGGUCUGACUGGGCGCUGUUACUGGGAGAUAGAGUGGAGUGGGAAAGGGGCUGAUAUAGGAGUGACAUAUAAAGGAAUCAGCAGGAGAGGAAGGGGUAAUGACUGUGUGAUUGGAUACAAUGACAAGUCCUGGAGUCUGUACUGCUCUGACAACUGUUACAGAGCCUGCCACAAUGACAAUCUCACUACCAUAGACGUCCCCCCCUCCAGCUCCCACAGAGUAGGAGUGUAUCUGGACUGGCCAGCCGGCACUCUGUCCUUCUACAAAGUCUCCUCUGACACACUGACCCACCUGUACACAUUCUACACCACAUUCACUGAGCCCCUUUAUCCAGCGUUUCAUGUUUGGGAUGAUGACUCCUCAGUGUCCCUGUGUCAAACACAACAUGAUGUUUCACUCUAACCAUGUGUUUUAUGUUUGAUCAGAAUAUGACAUUUAAAUACAUGGAGUAACACAAACCAGUUUAUUCCUUUAAAUAAUAACCAUGGUAACUCUGUGUCUGUCUCUUUCUGUGAUCCUGAACCCUGAGAGAUCGGUUCAGAUGCACCACACACAUACUGUUCACGCACACACACACUGUUCACACACACUGUU